AUGGAAUAUGAAAAGAUAGCAGUAUUUGAAUGUAUGUACUGCUGCAAAAAGUACAAAAAGAAAAAGGUUUUAUAUGAACACAUUCGGGAAGUACAUAAAGUACCUGUUGUGGCUGAAGGAAAUUUGAAAUGUCCUAUUAAUGCCUGCAAUUUUUCAUGUAGAACGUUUGAAGAGUUAAGAAAUCACGCAAGAGAUCAACAUGGAUACACUCUUAACUCCGUUGAAAUGACAUUUAAUACAUAUGAAGGUGUAAGAGCUAUAAAAUCACAAGGUACCUGCAAAAUAGAGGGGCACUGUCCAUCUACUAUUGAAGUUACCAGUAAUGGCAUUAUUAAGAUUUUAUAUUUCCAAACACACGUGGGACACACAGUAGAUCUAGAACAUUUGCCGUUAACAAAAGAUUUGCGAGAAGUGAUUGCAGGUAAGUUAAAUGAAGGCAUUCCACCACAGAAAAUAUUAGAUUCCACAAGGAAUAGUAUUAAAGAAGACAUUUACAGGGAGCAUUUAUUGACAAAAAAAGACAUACAUAACAUUUCUAAUUCUUACUGUAUUGGAGAAGCAGCAGAUCAGCACUUGGAAAUUAGUGACUUCUGCAUCAUCAUAAUGACAAAUGUUCAAAAGCAUAUGCUUUUAAAGUUUGGAUCCGAUAGCAUAUGCAUCGAUAGCACACAUGGGACUAAUGCUUACGAUUUUCAAUUAUCGACAGUUUUAGUCAUAGACGAGUUUAAUUCAGGAUUUCCUGCUGCUUUUUGCCUAAGCAAUAGAGUAAAUUUAGGUUCAAUGCAAAAAUUUUUUCAGUGUAUUAGGGACAAAGUUGGACUGCUGUCUGUAAACUGCUUUAUGAGUGAUGAUGCACCAGUAUAUUAUACUGCAUGGACAUCAGUAAUGUGUGAUGCCAAAUUUAGGAUUCUAUGCACCUGGCACGUUAAAAAGGCAUGGCUGCAAGCAGCAAAUUCAAUUAUCCCCUCAAAGCGAAAGGAAGUUUUGAAAUUUUUAAAUGUAGUAUCUGAAUGUCAUGAUAUAAAAGAAUUUGAAGCACUGAUAUCUGAUUUCCUCAGCAAACUCUUUGCUGAUAGAGAUACAGACAAGUUUGCUAAUUAUUUUGCUUCAAAUUAUGCAAACAGAUGCGAGUUGUGGGCUAAAUGUUAUAGAAAAAGAUGUAACAUCACAACUAACAAUCAUCUUGAAGCACUGCAUCGAGUUUUAAAAUAUUCUUAUCUUGAUGGAUUGAAAAACAAGAGGGUUGAUAGGUGCAUUGCGAAGCUUAUUAAUAUGGUGCAAGAUAAAUGGUUCCAGAGAUUUAUCAAAACAACAAAAGGGCCAAACACAUCAAAGAUCAACCAAACAAAUUUACGACACAACAGAGCAAUAAAUUUUCCAGCUAAUAAUAUCACAGAAAUCAAUGAGUUUUCUUGGCAUGUGAUUUCAGAAAGUGACCCUACUCUUGAAUAUACUGUUACUCAAAUACAUACACAAUGCAUUAAUUGUAACAUUGUUU